AGGCAGCAGGCUUGGUUAUUCCAGCUCACUUGAUGCUGAUGAUGAGGAAACCGGCUGUAACACCAUACCUAACCUCUCGUUUCAGGAUGACAAACAUCCUGGAUCCAUCCUUCAUUCUAUCAAUAUGAUGAGAAAAAACAGGACUUUCUGCGAUGUUGUCCUUCAGGUUGAAAGUAGUGAUAUACCUGCCCACAGAGUUGUUUUGGCUAGUGUUUCGUCACAUUUGAUGGAACUCUUUCAAGCAGACACUGAUUCAAAAGAAAGUAUUAUAAGCUAUAAAUUGAAUGGAGUAUUUGAGAAGCAUGCUGUAGAGAAGCUUGUUGAUUAUGCCUAUACAUCUAGGCUAGAAUUGGACCCAGACGAAGUGAAAUCUGUAUUUAUUGCUGCAAAUCAAUUGAAAAUUGAUAGAGUUGUUAAAGUUUUAGGAGCCCAUCUUGUGAACAACUUGAAUAUUGAAAAUGCAAUUGACAUUAGAGCAUUGCAUGGCAUCAGCAAGGAUAAGUCACUUGUAGCUAAAGUUGAUGCUUUUAUAUCAGAAAAUUUCAAUGAGAUAGUAAAAACCACAAGCUUUCUGUCUCUUCCCUGUGUCCAAAUUGAAGUGCUUUCUCAGAGUGAAGCAGAAAUGAAAAUGGUAUCAGGAAAUUCAGUAUGCCAGCUUGCAUUUGAUUGGUUGACUCGAGCUAAUGAAGAGAACUGUUUUCAAGAUCUUAUAGAAAAGACUCAUAUGCUAUAUUUGGCCCUUGACAAUUCUCUUCAAGACUGCUCAGAGUUACCAAAUGGUGAUAUUGGAGAUACAGAGCUCGUUCAAGAUUAUAAAAGACUCUCUAGAGCCACAGCUGUUGCUAUUGGAAAAAAGAAAAAGAAAGCAUUAGCUGCAGCUAAACCCCGUAUUAUUAUGUACUCACGUAAUAUUUCAUGUAAUUCAGAGGAAUUGGAGACUGAGAAUAAUGGGAGGAUAAUUGCUGCCACAGAACUGAAAGAUCUAAUGCUUUUGGGCCUGGGCUUUCUUUCAAGUAGACCUGUUUGCUUGUCUGUAAUGUUGAGACUGAACACAAACUCAGGACAAAAUGAAAUAACUGAACCUGAAUUGUACCGUGAGCUUGCCUCAAUGGCAAGUGUUAAGUGUGGUGCUGGCUGUGCAAACCUCAACGGGUGCCUCCUUGUUUGUGGCGGUUACGAUAGGGGAGAGUGCCUGAGGUCUGUUGAACUGUACUCACCAGCCAACAAUGAAUGGAGGGCGCUGGCUCCAAUGCUCGAAGCCAGGGGAAGGGAUUACGAGAAUAGAGGCGAAGUGCACAUAGUGGCAACAGGGCUUCCCAUGUAUUGCGGGGCCUGA